CAAUGCAUAAUGGGUGAGGACUACUAACGUGUCUCGCUGGACCCCUUUAUCAUAGACGCUGCCUUUCUAUUUUUAUUGGUCAGUUGAGUGAGAAUGAGUACUACCGACAACCCCCGCCGAAUAAUGUUAUGGGCCUAUCCUCGUUCACUGUCAACGGUCCUCGAGUUCUCCGUAGCGGCGCUGGAUAACGUAAAAAUGUUCCAUGAACUGUACAAUUUAGUGUUCCAUAAUGGGGAGGAUAGACCAUUGGAAAGAGAAAAGGCGUUUUUUGUUGAAGGACAUACAUAUAAAAGUGUCAAACAAAAAUUAGAGAAUGAUUACCCAGGGAAGAGUGCAAUUUUUUGCAAAGACAUUGCUUAUACAUUAGACAAUGACUAUAGUCGGCUUCCACGUGACUAUCGGCACACUUUUAUUAUCCGAGAUCCGAGAAGAACAAUCCCGAGUUAUUACAAAGCUACUAUCGGGUGUGGUAUUCAGUUUGAUGAAUGGCUGCCCUCUAGUGGCGGGGUCAAACAGCUAUAUGAUCUUUUUGUGUACGUAACAGAAAUGCUAGGACAGGAAGCCAUCAUUAUUGAUGCUUACGACCUGUGUAAUAAUCCACGUCAAAUACUACAAAAGUAUUGCAAGAAAGUUGGAUUACAGUUUCAGGAUAAGAUGUUGAAUUGGGAACCAGGAAACAAUGAUCAUUGGCACAAAUUGUUCAGUCAGUCAUUCUUCACUGAAGCAUUUAAAGGAGCAGCCAUUAGGAGUCGUGAGUUCCUACCAAUGUCUUAUGAAACUGUUGAUUUGGAGGGUCUUCCUGACUACGGAGUGAAGCAAAUCGAGGAAGCCAUGCCAUACUAUGAAUUAUUAUAUGACAAAAGGAUUAUACCGGAGUAG